CCCCACUCAGUUCGUCCGAAUUUUCUGCAUUCGGAACGCGUGAGGAGUUUUCGGCAGUCGCAUUCGCGAGGCCCCCGACGAUUAGGCGCGUCGCGAUUGACAGAGCGCAGAGAACAGACGCAAGCCGCGAUCGUUGCAAUAUGCGGAAGUGAACACAUCACGGACAACGACGCACCAAGUGAAGUGGCAGUGUUCUGUGCUAACAAACUAUGCUAUUGUGCCCCGACUAACUCAAGGACUGUGCAAUUUGGACUUUCAUGGAAUCCAGGGCAGGUAUCCGAAGCGGCCUGGGCAUGGACUCCCAGCAGCAGCAGUACUGCUUGAAAUGGAACAGCUUCGGCUCCAACCUGGCGACCUCGUUCGCGAACCUCUGGAACUCAGAGAGUCUUGCCGACGUCACGCUCUACUGUGAAGGUCGCCAGUUCAAAGCCCACAAAGUGAUUCUGGCAGCAUGCAGCAAGCAUUUCCAAGAGCUGUUCGACACAGCGCCUCCCAGCCAUGCUGGUGCAUGUUAUGUCAUCCUCGAGGCAACAAGUGCAGACAACAUGCAGGCACUCCUGGAGUUCAUGUACAAGGGGGAGGUACAUGUCAGCCAGGAUGCGCUCUCCAGCUUCCUGAAAAGUGGAGAGAACUUACAGGUUAAAGGUCUGUCAAUGGAGAUGUCUCAAGAUGCAUGGGUGAAGCAACAAACCCAAGCAUCGAACGAACGUCACCAAGCCAGAAUCAAGACCAGCCCGACCUCCGGGACAGCGACCUGUGAGGCCCAAGAGGGUCCGCAGACACACACAGCGACAUUCGCACCGAUAUUGCCACAGUAUGGAAUGCCGAUUCAUGGAGGAGGGUCGAUGGGGAGAUAUGCUCCUCCUGCCCAUCUGCCCAUUCACUCGACCACGCACCGCAGACCACCGCCUCCGAAGCCAUCUCCAUCGCAGAGUCCUCAUCCAAGAAAUUACAGGCAAAGUUCAUCAUCAUCGCAUUGCGGCAGCGUCGCUGAUGAGCCGGAUACCCGCUCAUCACCUGGUGCCAGCGCCAGAUACGAGGAAAACCCUGACUCAAGCAUGCCCAACGCGAUCAAGAACAACGGCUACGACAGAUCUGCUUCAGCUAACGAGGAGAUGGGAGAUCGAUUGAACAAUGAACAAGGCGCCGAAGAUUUACGGAUAAAGAGUGAGAUAGAAUACACGGGAUACAACAACUCGCCGCCGCCACCGGUUCCCAUCCCCACCAGUAACUACCACGAGAAACCGCACGAGACAUCGCCCGUCACGCCGAAACCUAGCCCCGACAUCUGGCCUGCUAAGAUCAUUACAAGCAAAUCUGGAGGAAUCGCUACACCCGACGGAAAGAAACUAAAGUGUCCAUACUGCGAGCGACUUUACGGAUAUGAGACCAACCUGCGCGCGCAUAUCCGGCAGCGACAUCAGGGCAUCCGUGUGCCAUGUCCUCAUUGCUCCCGAACCUUCACUCGCAACAACACCGUACGCCGCCAUAUUGCCCGGGAACACCGUCACCAAGUCACUCCACACCUCCCCCAAGGGCCUCUCCCGAACCACGCGCCGUAAACCCUUUUACGUUAUCCCAAACCUAUCAACCAAUCUACCUCUGUUCUUUCCGACCGGUUCGCUCUUUUCAUCCGAACCGCGUCCCUUGUAACACGUGUACAAUAAUAAUACCUCGUUUAUGCAUAUUUUACGUAACGAUAAUCUACCUCAAAAUUUGAUCUUAAGGAUUAUUUAAGAUUUUGACAUGCGAUUAUUAUAAUAUUGUUACUUAAUUAUUUUGUAUGUGACAUUAAUUAUUCUGUGUUCAUUUCUUGGUACCGUGUUUUAAACAUAUUUUUGUACCUAUUCACCCCAAAUUACGUACCUUAUUCGACUGUGAAAUGAAGUUACCUUUGUAGAAGUUUUAUUUUGAGCUCUCGCUCAUUGUGACAAAGCUUAUUUUGUAUUCUGAGCUGGUGAAUCGAAUAAUUAUUGAUGUUGAGACUGAUGGUCAUAGGCUUAGAAUGUAAAUAAUAGGAGAAUGUAUAUCGCCGUGGCCUAGGUUGAGACAAACAUUAAACUGUGGCAAUCAUUUUGAACAACCAUAGGUAUUCUAUAACUUAAUGAUUCAAUAGAACUUAGAACCAGGUUAAGUUUUAUAAUUUUAACACAUAACUGUGAUACAACAGAACAUGCUUUUUAUUUUAGUCACUGGCCACGCUAUCUAACAACAGUUUUUAUUUUGUACAGUGAAUGGUUUUAGUUUGUACAAAGUACAAUUUGCCCUAGAAACAUAAGUAGUUAGGUAAGAACGUUAUUAUUUGCUGUAAGUUUGUAUGUUGUGUGCAUGGAUUCACAAUUGGUUACCGUCGUCAACCCUGGCGCGCCUCUAGGGGUGUUACUAUUGAGACCAAAUAUUAUAUGUUUUUGUGUGAUGGUAUCGAUUUAACAUUCCGUCGUGAUGUGCAUUUGAAAGGCCACUUAUUUUGUACCUAGUCAUGUCGAGUGCAACCUAUUGAGAUUCGCAAUAUUUAAAUGGAGCUAUCAAUGUCGUAUGUGCUAUAUCGUUGGGCGACAUUGCGGCUUUUAGAGUCUGCAUUUUAAUGAAACAAAAUAUGGGAGAGUGCCAAAUAACUUCAAUAUUAAGUUGACAUUUAUUUAUUUUUAUAUUUUUUACGUUAAGUGUGGAUGUGGCGACUGUGUGCUAUUCCUGAUAUUUAGGAAUGAGUUGCAUUCAUAUUAAUAAUAUUUAUAUUUUAGGUUACCUACAGUUUAUUUAAACAAAGGCUUUAUGAAGGCUCAGUGAUUGCGUCACACAUUACGUGUAUAUUAUAAUCAGCUUAACGUUACCUGGUUUAGUGUCGGUAUAUAAGAAUAUCAUAUAAUUAGAGGUUCCUUAUUGUAAGGAUAUUAAUAUUUUCGAAUAGUAAUUGUUGUCUCUACAUAUUCUUCAUUUACACAAAGAAGCUAUUUUACAAAUACCUCAAAGAUUUUAUGCAAUAGUUUUAUAUUAUUAUCUAUAUUUUAUAUAUUUACUAUUUAUAGUUUGUCAUUAAAUGGUUCCUUGUUCAAAUCAUCUUAUUAAGGGUAUGUAGAGUUGGAACGGUGAUGGUGUAGUUCAAAAUUAUAGUUUGGCCUAAAUUAUUUGGAACAGAAUUGAUCUGUUCUUGGGAUUUGGAUUUUAACAGAUUUUUUGGCGGAUUAUCUGUAAUUGCGAUUGCAUAACUCUCAAAGUGUUAAGUUUUUACUUUAUUUAGAAAGUGCGACUUUUUGUUAUGCACGAGAUCCCUUUGUAUUUUGUGGGUAUUGUUUGUAAUGUAAUUUCAAAAUAUUAAUUGAAACGUUUUGCUAAUGUGGUUUAGGUAGCUAAAUCUAAUACCACAUUGUGGUGAAUUUGUCUACUUACUUAACAAGAUAGAGGGAUGAUUGUUUGCUCCUAAACCGUUAAAACUAAAUAAUGGCAUUAUUUCGUUAACCGUUGUUAAGUAAUGUUUUCUAUCGAUUGUAUUGUUAAAUUUAUUUUUGAUUAUAUUUGAUUAACAUUAGAACGUUUUAUUCUGUUUUUAUAAGUUCGUUUGUUUCUUAUGAAUUUAGAAUUCAUAAAUGUGAUUUCUUUUUGACAUUUAAUGUUUUUGUGAUACACUAAUGCAUGAUGCAUUAAUGCAUAAUGUUCAAAAGCGGGGUACAGAAUCAUGUUAUGAUUAUUUUGUCUUCGUAAACACUCAGUACCAUUAUGCCAUUGUUUGAUGUAGUUUUGAGAUGUACGAGAAGAUGGUGGGCAAUUUUAAAAUUUCUCAAUGUUAAUAAUUUUAAGUGAAUGUGAAUUCUUCAUCGUUUAUAGAAUUGAUGUGUUAGGAUAAUGCAAGCACCCCGCUUGGGCCGAUCUCUAGCACUACGAUAUUUUGAAAUUUGUAGACAAGCUUAUACAUUGAAUGUGUUGUGAAGUUCUGUUGUUAAAACUGAAACCUUAUUCAAAAACAAAUCAUUGUUGAUGAAUCGCUUUGAACUGAAUCGCAUCCGACUUACAUGUUCGAUUUCCAUUUUAUUUCUAACGUGCAAUAGUCAAUGACUCAAAGCUGCAUUUAUUGUUUAUGCUACACAUUCAUUUGGGUUUGUAUUAGGUAAGUUAUAAGUUAGUUUUAAGUGUAAAUAUAUCGCGAUAUGUCGUGAUGGUAAAGCCAAAGAUUGUUACGGGUAUGGUGACCCUCUGCCGUCACAAGAAUCGUGUUGUAUUUAUUCAUUCAGAAAGUUCUAGAAUGUUAAUUCAAUGCAAUUCAUCUUCUGAAUGUUAAUUACAAUACGAUUCGAUUAAUUGUAAGUUUAUCUACCUCGAGGUUUAUAAUUAGUUUAAGAUAGAUUUUUUAUGAGAAAUUAGUUUAAGUGAGACUAAAAUAACAAAGAAGUACAAAUGUACUGACUAGCUCAGGGUUCAAUUUCUGUUAGAACACUUUUCUUUAUGCGUUUUGGAAUCGUCUUCGAUUCAUUCUUUAAUUAAAGUGAUCCUUAUUGACACAAACCUAAUAUGGUUAUAGAAUUCUUUCCUGUAUAAAGAUACAAGAACAGUAAAUGAAACAAGUUUUUCUUCUACGUUUCAAAGUCCGGAAAUACAAUAAUUUAACAUACUUUUCACAGAACAGAUUCAAAAUAGAACGCUGAGAAUUUUAUGGGGAAUUCUUAAUUUAAGUCAUUUAAUCAAAUGGAAUUUUGUGUUCGAACAAUAGCCUUAUAAUAUUCUAGAGUAUAGACAAAUAAAAAAAAAACAAAGCGAGAGAAAAGGUUUAACGAAUCUGUUGUGACUAUUACCCACUUUGUUUGACAGGUCAUAAACAGUCCGCCAUGCAUGGAAUUCGCUCCAUAGUACUUUUAGGCUGGGUUGCAUCAUAUUAUCUGUUAUAGUCAAGGCUUAAGUCAAAUUUAACGUUAACAGUAAUACUGACUUUAACAUAGACUGCGGAACGUGUUGCACCAUCGUAUUCCUUGGCAUAGUUAAAGUUAAAAAGUGAAAUAUAAAGUCUGGAUCGAAUAUUUAUUUGAAACUUUUGAUAUGUCUCCUUUUAGCUAUUUAACAUUAACAAUUAACUGGCGAAGAUUGGAUGGUUAUGGUUAAUAGUUAAAAUUAUGACGUCAUCUAAAAUUGUCAAAUGGUGCAACACAUUUUUGCUUUACCAGUACUUUAACAUGUUUGAUAUUGCUAAAGUUAGUAGGUGCAACUCAGCCUUAAUAUCGAACCACUAGCUAACCCACACAUUCAUAAAUCAAAAUUGGUAUUGCUGUAUCAGGCUCUCAGGUCGGCUAUACUCUAGAAUAUUUUAAAUCUGGUUUGAACGAACGACACACAUCGGCGAGUAUUUGUUACAAAAAAAUUAUGAAGAUGGAUCUGUGACAAGUUUUCACAAUUUAAUUUAAUUAAUCCUAGAAGUAUGGGAUAUCACUUUAAAAAUAACAAAUUUUUGAUUUGAAAGAGCGACAUCUCAAGUCAAUUUCCUAAUAUGCAAUUAUUGGGCUUGAGCAGGUUAUCGACUGUCAAGUAGAUCUUGUAGAUGGAGCCACAACCAGAGAGUUGAACAAGAUUUACGAAAGAUACGUCACUCGAAUGGCCCGAAUUGAAGCGAAGAGCGCUCGGAUGGAAGCCAAGAGGUCGCCAGUUCGAGUCCCGCAUCGUUUAUAAAUUUUGGUUACAAAUUUAAUGUAAUAUUGAAGAUAUUGCAUCACUGAGUUAGUCUUUAGUAUGAUUCACUUGGUUGUGCUCAAGAAUUAUAUUAAUAUCCGUCGUUGUACUUGAGCUGAGUUGAGUCUUCUUUUUAAGUGUUAAUUAGAGUAGUUAUUAUAAUCUCAUUCACUUUCUACCUCAUUUUAACCUAAGUCGGAGAUCGGCCCUAGUACCUCACUCUUCGAGAGUAUAAAAACAAUUAUUAUUAUUAUUUCAUUAUUUUUUAAUCUUUUCCCCAGUUAUUUCUUGUUUUGCGUAGAUGUGAUGUUACUAUGUUUUAAGGAGACGAGAAAAAAAAAUAUUAUUUUGUUUGUUUCUGCGAAUUAAAAAUGUAACAAAAAUAAUUUUUAA